UAGUCUCAGCUGCAGCCGCACGGAGCCACUCUGGGAAAGAUGAUUCUCAUUCAGUCAUUUUGGAACAAGACAAGUCCAACAUCGCAGCGGAGGGGGACCAGAGCACUGAUGAGAAAAAGAAGAGAAAAAAUAAUCAGCUAAAGGAAAUCAGGCGCACGGAACUGAAGAGAUACUACAAUGCUGAUGACAAUCAAAGCAAAAGUCAUGAUAAGAAAGAGAAGAAGAUGGUGGUACAGAAGCCCCAGGGUACCUUGGAAUAUACUGCCGGAAGCCAGGACACCCUCAACUCUGUUGCACUGAAGUUUAAUGUCACUCCUAAUAGAUUAGUGGAAUUGAAUAAACUCUUCACACAUACUAUUGUUCCAGGCCAGGUUCUGUUCGUGCCAGAUGCCAACAUCCCUUCUAGUACCUUACGGCUCUCGUCAUCCACCCCUGGUGCUACUGUGUCCCCAUCAUCGUCAGAUGCGGAGUAUGACAAGCUGCCUGAUGCAGACUUAGCAAGAAAGGCCUUAAAACCCAUCGAGAGGGUCUUAUCAUCCACUUCUGAAGAGGACGAGCCAGGCGUUGUAAAAUUCCUCAAAAUGAACUGUCGCUACUUCACUGAUGGAAAGGGUGUGGUUGGGGGUGUCAUGAUUGUCACUCCUAACAACAUCAUGUUUGACCCUCAUAAGUCCGACCCCUUGGUGAUUGAAAACGGGUGCGAAGAGUAUGGCCUCAUCUGUCCCAUGGAAGAGGUGGUCUCCAUUGCCCUGUACAACGACAUUUCCCACAUGAAGAUCAAGGACGCUCUGCCAUCUGACCUACCUCGGGAUGUUUGUCCUCUGUACAGGCCUGGAGAAUGGGAAGACCUGGCUUCGGAGAAGGAUAUCAAUCCGUUCAGUAAGUUCAAGUCCAUCAACAAGGAAAAACGGCAGCAGAAUGGGGAGAGGACCCUCGCUUUAGACGUCAAAUCAGUGGGCUCGCCUGAGGAGUCAACGGAACGCAUGCGCACACGUACGGAGCCCCCGGACGACUCCGAGUCCUGGAAAUUAAAGAAUCUGGAGUAUUCCAGGGGAACAGCCAGUGAGUUUCCCUCAGUGACUCAGCUCAGUAAGGGAUCUUCCAGCAUGUGUGCUGCUUUAGAACCUACAGCCAAAGAAAGCCGUCUUUUAGGAGACGAGGACUUUGUUGACUUGGAAGAACUUUCCUCUCAACCUGGGAGUGGCGUGGACAAAGGAGAUGCCAGGAAAGAAUGCCUUCCUUAUGACCGAAAGAAGGAUGCACCACAAACAAUCAUGUCUGCAAAGAAAGGGGAGGUGCAGUCAGCCCCAGCCGUUACGGGAACAGAGAGCGAUGCCGAACUGAAGGGGGCCCUAGAUUUAGAAACGGGUGAGAAGCAAGACGAAGCGCCAGAAGUCGACAAACAGUCUGGAUCCCCAGAAAACUGGAGGGAAAGUACGCUCAGUAUACAUGAAGACCUAGAUAAAGUUAAACUCAUUGAAUUCUACCUAAAUAAAAACAAGGAAGGCUCACAGCUGUCAGAAAAUGUGCUGAAGUCAGAGCUCAGUGAACGCAAAAGUAUUGAGCCAGACGGAAUAGACAUCACACUUAGCAGCUCACUUCCUCAAGCAGGUGAUUCCCCACCUGAGAGCCACAAAGAGCCAGGUACACUCUGUGUAAAAGGGGGAGAAACUCCGCCCCCAAAGCUACAUCCUAGUGCAGAGGAAACUGUAACUAACAAUAAGGAGGCUCUGGACUCUUUGGAAUCAUCUCUAGACAAGCUCUGUCAGGGUGCACAGAUGGAUAAUAGAUCUGAGAUCCAGUUAUGGCUGCUAAAGAGAAUUCAGGUACCCAUCGAAGAUAUACUUCCCUCAAAAGAAGAAAAGAGUAAGACCCCACCCAUGUUUCUGUGCAUCAAAGUGGGAAAGCCAAUGAGAAAAUCCUUUGCCAGUCACACCACCACCAUGGUCCAGCAGUACGGCAAGAGGAGAAAGCAGCCUGAAUACUGGUUUGCUGUUCCCCGGGAGAGGGUGGAUCACUUGUACACCUUCUUCGUGCAGUGGUCUCCUGAUGUCUAUGGGAAAGAUGCCAAGGAGCAAGGCUUUGUGGUGGUUGAGAAGGAAGAACUGACCAUGAUCGACAAUUUCUUCAGUGAGCCGACCACCAAGAGCUGGGAGAUCAUCACAGUUGAGGAGGCAAAACGCAGGAAGAGCACUGGGAGCUACUACGAGGAGGAAGAGGAGGAGGAGGAGGGGCUGCCCAUCCUGCAGUCCCACAGUGCACUCCUGGAAAACAUGCACAUCGAGCAGCUGGCCCGACGCCUUCCAGCCAGGGUACAAGGCUAUCCCUGGAGACUGGCCUACAGCACAUUAGAGCAUGGAACAAGCUUAAAGACUCUCUACAGGAAGUCAGCAUCUCUAGACAGUCCUGUUCUUUUGGUCAUCAAAGACAUGGAUAACCAGAUAUUUGGGGCAUAUGCAACUCAUCCCUUCAGGUUCAGUGACCACUAUUACGGCACGGGCGAAACGUUUCUCUACACCUUCAGUCCUAAUUUCAAGGUCUUUAAGUGGAGCGGAGAAAACUCAUAUUUUAUCAAUGGAGACAUAAGUUCUUUAGAACUCGGUGGUGGAGGGGGACGGUUUGGUCUGUGGCUAGAUGCUGAUCUGUAUCAUGGACGCAGCAAUUCUUGCAGUACUUUUAAUAAUGAUAUCCUUUCGAAAAAAGAAGACUUCAUAGUUCAGGACCUAGAGGUAUGGACAUUUGAGUGAAAUCCAGGCUGCCUUAAAACAUAACAUGGAAAAGACUGGGCUAGCAUAGCCGCUUACUGGAAGGCAGGCCCGGCCCUGGCUGCCUCAGCCCACAGCAGCGCUUUCUUUCUGUGGUCGUCUCAGAGCAUCAUCACCGCGCAGACAGAUCCUGGAAGGUUGCCUGUGGAGGACAGACACUGAAGACAGAAGUCUGAAGUCCACAUUGUUUAAAACAAAAAGACUUUGUACCUCCACUGCUUUCAAAUUCACACCAUGAGGAAUCAGAGUGUUCAUAGAUGUAUGAGUCGGAUGCGAUUUUUAUUUUUGGUAACUGUGAAAAAAUAAGAUACUGUGGAAGUAUAUACCUGCUUUAUGUAUUUAUCAGCAUAAUUUUACCAAAUGUAUACUUAUUGUUUGCCAUAGAAAGCUGAAUCUGAUUUAGAGAAAUUGAAAGAAUAUAGCACUUAAAGGGAAUAUCUAAUUUUUUAAGAACUUUUAUUUAUUGUUUUUAGUGUAUUGUCUGAAAUAUGUUGAUUUUUUUUUCUUUUAAUGUGUCAAAUCCUGAAAUAAAUGUAUAUGUUUUGUGCUAUGUUUGGGAAACAAGUCUCUUUUGAUUUGUACAGUUUUAUAUUCAUUUUUUUUUGCCCUGAUUAUUUAGGGUAAUAUAGUCUUUAUUUAUUAAGAGAGAGUGUAUGUGUAUUUUCAAAAGUUCAUUACCGAUGUUUUUUGACCUGACUUUAUAGAGCGGCUUUUUAUUUAGUUUGUAAGGUACUCCUUGAGUACCCUAAGCAUUUGUGGGAAGCAGAACGUGGCAUCUCUCACAGUUGUAAGUUGGUGUUUAUCGAAAUACAGAUCUUCACGAACAUGAAUGUACAAGUCGUCCUUCUACCAAGAGAAUGUUUGCUUCUUUUGAAAUCGUGUGAAUCGUGUAUUAAUAAUAGUAACUUGGUCUCUUAUUUUACCUCUUUUUUUUUUUUUUUAUUUUACAUUGUUUCUUCUCCAGGUGUUUACAUGAAUGGUAGUCCUCUGUUAAAAGGGAGUGUUUAAUUUGUGUGUCUUUAACGUCAGAUAAAACAUGUCAAGUUGGACCAACUUUCUUGGUUUCUGGAAUCAGUAAGAUCCAGAUAAUAAUGAUCCAAUCCAAUAAGGAGGGAAAAAAACAAUUCAAAGAGUUAUAUUCAUAUCACAAUUGAAAGAAAAAAGGAAAUCUAUUUUGUAAAAUAUAAACUCACUUUCGCAUCAUAGGGCACCUUUUAUUUUAAAUAGUGAGAAGUAAAGUCAUGAAUGCCAUUGAUGGGCUCCCGUGUAUGAAGGCCAAAGACUGCGAUGGAAAGACUUAAAUAACAGCCAAAGCCGAAAAGUUGUCUGUCGCCAAUUACGCCCCCGUGAUCUUUCUGAAUGGGAAAUGAGCAAACCGUGUUUACACAUCUGUUUAUGUUCAGAAUAUUGUCGAGUCUUUAGACUCUUUGUAAGAAAACACUGUCCUGUGCCCUGCCUCAAGCCAGUUGUGUCAUUCACUGCCACUCCAUACUAGCUUAAGGGAAUGCUGUAAAAUUUUAAAUCUGUAGACCACAUACACCUUUUACCCAAGUUCUCCCAUUGAGGACUCUUGCUUAAAAACAUGCAAUUUGACUUUGGUCUGCUCACGCACAUGAUUGGCGAGAUCCCAGGAAUGUCACGUGGUGAUUUUGUUCACCGUUUAGACCAUCUGUAACCGUACGCUGUUGAUGAACGAGAUGGUCAUUUUGCCCUGUAGAUUACUCUUACCUAGUUUAGUCCGUGAUGCUGUACUUGUGAGAGCAUUUCCAGAUGCUGUGUUCUCUAUUUAAAACAGUAUUGUCUGAACAGGAAUGUGUGGCCCUUCAUUAUGGAUACCAACUACAUGUAAUGCAGUGCUACUCCAAUAUUUUCAAUAAAGGAAUUUAUGCAUUCA